UAUAAGGCACCAGAAGAGAGAGCAGUGACUGACCCACUAUCUGGGGAGCUGGAAACACCCACAGCGGACGGGACCCCUCCAGGAGGAAGGCCAGGAGGGCAGCGUUUGCAGAAAAGGCCAUGUUCCGUCAGAAGACGUUGCUUCUCUUGAUCCUCCUGUCCGUGCAGCUCUCCCAGGCCUUCCCAGUCCCUGGGGGGUCCCCAGAAGAGGCGGACGCACAAGAGAUGGACACACAAGUCGUUCAGGAUUACCUAGAAAAGUUCUACCAGUUACCGAGGAGAGGCCUGCGGUCGCAGAGGCAGAACAGCCCUAGCGUGAUCGUUGAGAAGCUCAAAGAGAUGCAGCGCUUCUUCGGGCUGAGCGAGACGGGGAAGCCGGACCGGCAGACGCUGGCAGUGAUGCGGAAACCUCGCUGCGGGGUGCCCGACAGUGGGGACUUCAUGCUGACCCCUGGAAACCCCAAGUGGGAACAAACCAACCUGACCUACAGGAUUAUUAAGUACACCACACAGUUGUCAGAGGCCGAUGUGGAGGAGGCUAUUAAGAAAGCCUUUCAAGUGUGGAGCAACGCGUCAUCCCUGACCUUCACCAAGACCUCGCAGGAAGAAGCAGACAUCAAGAUCGCUUUUGUCCAAGGAGAUCAUGGUGACAAUUCUCCAUUCGAUGGACCCAAUGGGAUCCUGGCUCACGCCUUCCAGCCAGGCCAAGGUAUUGGAGGAGAUGCGCACUUCGAUGAAGAUGAAAUAUGGACCAUGAAUUCCAGCAGUUACAAUCUGUUCCUCGUCGCCGCCCAUGAGUUUGGCCACUCCUUGGGGCUCGCGCACUCCACGGACCCCGGAGCCUUGAUGUACCCCAACUAUGCCUUCCGCGACCCCAGCACCUACACCCUCCCUCAGGACGACAUCAAUGGCAUCCAGGCCAUCUACGGUCCUUCAAACAACCCCAUCCAACCCACCGGACCGAGCACACCCACAGCCUGCGACCCCAGACUGACGUUUGAUGCUAUCACCACCCUCCGUGGAGAAAUACUGUUCUUCAAAGACAAGUACUUCUGGAGGAGACACCCUCAGCUGAGAUUAGUCGAACUCAACUUCAUCUCCCUCUUCUGGCCGUCCCUACCCGACGGCAUACAAGCAGCCUAUGAGGAUGUGGACGAGGACCUUGUUUUCCUAUUUAAAGGUGGCCAGUACUGGGCUCUGAAUGGCUAUGACAUUAAGCAAGGUUAUCCCAGGGACAUCUCAGACUACGGCUUCCCAAGCAGCGUCCGAGCGAUCGAUGCAGCUGUUUACUACAGGAGAAAAACCUACUUCUUCGUAAAUGACCAGAUCUGGAGAUAUGAUAACCAAAGACAAUCCAUGGAACCAGGUUAUCCCAAAGCCAUAGCGAGUAUCUUUCCAGGAAUAGAAACCAGAGUUGAUGCAGUUUUCCAGCAGGAUCAUGUCUUCCUUUUCUUCAGUGGACCAAGAUAUUACGCUUUCGACCUUGGUGCUCACAGGGUCAUCAGGGUCGACAGAAGCCAGCGAUGGCUGAACUGCUGAGAAAGCCAGAGCCACGUCACACCUGCUUGCACCCCCUUGCUUCUGCAGAGGGAAAGCCCAGUUUGUACAGCCAUUUUCCUGCAUCCUGUUUAUACUUUUCCUAACAUAAGUAAUGCUGUUUGCUGUCGCUGUCCUCACUGAACCUGCCUUCUGGGAACAUACAUCUGGAGCACCCGUUGUCUCCAGGUUCCUCUGAUUCCAUCUCGAGAGGUGAUGAAGCUUCCUUGUCACCUCAAUAUCCACUCUACCAGUACCGCUUACCUGACUUUUGCAAUGCUUGUGUAUAACCGAAAUCUCCUUUCCCUGCUCUAUGCAGUUCAGCACUGGGCUUUGGGGAAGUGUAGAGACCACGAACAGCAUGAACAGUGCCUCUCGCCUUUACUGAAAACAUAGUGUUAUUCUCCACCCUCGGAAAAAAUACUGUGGAUCCGUGUUGUGGCUUGAAUUGUGUCAUCCCAGAAAGAGAGGCUGAAGCCAGUGAUAGGUACCUAUGAGAAGACCUUAUUCGGAACUAGGAUCUUUGAAGGCAGCAAUCAGGUAAAAGGAGGUCACGCAGGAGCAGGCUGGACGAAAGGGCUGGGGUCCUCGCACGAGGAGGAGCCACGCAGAUAUGAAGUCAACAGAGAUACGCGAACAUAGAGACAGACCCACGAACGGCGCACCCGCAAGCUGAGAAUGGCCAGCAACCACCAGAAGCCAGGAGGAGGCGAGGAAAGAUCCCUCCUCGGACCUUCAGAGCAAAGAAUGUUAUCCUCCCCACAGCUUGGUUUUAGACGUGCAGCUUCCAGAACUGGGAUCGAGCAAGCUGGGCGGGAGCCUGCGGUGCUUCCUUCCGGCAGUCCUGGGAUAUCUGAGAGCUUAGUCAACAGGAAAGGACAAAGUUGAACCCUCUGUGAGGGUUUCUGUCACCUUCCCCAACAAGGAGGAAAAGGCGAGGUACCACAUUCUCUUCUGUCUCUGCCCUACUCUGUCCUUUUAGAGUCUAAGUGAGUCCAAGUGAGCUAGUGAAGGGACCUGCCGUUCCUUAUUUCUUCUUCUCCAGGGAUACACAGGAGGGCACACUCUCCCCCCAGGAAGAUUUACUGCACAAACAGAACAGCAGUAGGCACAGAAUUCAGUGAAUCCCAUUACAUUAAACUAAGCGGCGAUGGAUACCUUUGAUAGUGGUUCUUUUCUGUCAAGAACUUUAGGGCUCUGGGACCAUAAUGACUAAUCCAGAUAUCAAAAAUCAUUAAAAUGUAAUAUUUGCAGUUGCUAAACUAUAAUGCAGCUUAUUACUCAUUAAGUAAGCGAAU